AUGCCGCUGUUAUCAGGUUAGUUACUUUACGGAACUAUUUUAUGGGAUAAUUUUUGUGGUUUAAAAAAUUCCCUCAUGAUUUUAGCAAAAAAAUAAAUCAUAUACUACAGAUUCAAUUUUGAAUGUCAAAACUUUAGUUCUUUUCUUGGAAGCUCAUUUUUUUGCAAGCCUCCAAAGUACUCCAAGUUAAUUUUGGGUUACUGUAGCUUUCAGGGUUUAAGAGAAACAAUUUUAUUCUUUUUAUAAAUAUGCUUAUUAAUUUUCUGUUAUCAAUUUUCAUUUCCUUUUGGGUAACAAAAAAACUCUCCUCGUGGCUGAAUAAAAAAAUAGUAAUAAUAAUUAUAGGCUGAAAACUUUGAACGUCAAAAUUUAGAGUUUACUCGGCUAUAAAUUUUAUGAAGAAAAUUCUAGAAGCUUUGAAUUUUUGAUAUCUGAAUCUCAGAAAAUCAGAAAAAUAUUCUCAUAAUUUUCGAUUUUUCCGAAACAAUUAAUUUCUAGAAUCGCGUGUUUCCAAAUUUCACAUUUCAUUUUAUUUAUUCAAAUUUUCAAAUUUUCAGCAUUGUUUUGCACAGGCAUAAAUUUCUGACUUUUUUUUCCUGUCGGCUCCGCCCCCUGCCACGAUUACACGUUUCACGUUUUUUUUUAAUUUUUUCGAUUUCAUCUUUUUUUCUUCACUAAAUUUUGAAAUGCAAAAAAUCAGAAAUAAUUAUUGCUUGAAAAAAAAACGUGCCGCACCUUGCCAAAUAAAUCCCGCCUCCCGAUUCACGCGAGAAUUUGUUUUUUCUGCGACAGGCAUUUCUGAAUUAAAAAAGUCAAAAAUGUAUGCCUGUGUUUUGGGAUUAUUCCUUUGUUCUUCCGAAUAUUAUUUUCAUUUUUGUUUUUAACAUUUCAUUUCUUGAAAACCGCAAUCAGCUGUUAUUUUGAACUAACAGUUCAAAUGAAUACCUGAUUUAUUUUUCUUACCUCAAAAAAUAAAGAGUUCAUUCAGUCAGGCGUGCCAACAAAAAAUAUUCGAAAAGUUCCCAAAAUUUUGAUUUCUCAUAAUUAGCAGAGCAAAAACAGAAAUGAAAAUCUGAAACUUUUUGUGAGUUGCAGAAAAAAGCCACGUCAUUUCAUAGUCUAGGUUCCAAAUUUCUUAGAAUAAAAAAACAAAAAAGUGCGAAUCAGUUUUUUCCGCCUCAUUCAUCGAAAAUUGCUCUUUUCUUUUUUUGUCAAAUCUAAUCACACACUUAACCGGAGGCCGUAGAAAUAACAAUUUCGUUUCUUUUUCUUCUUGAGAUAUCGGUUUUUUGUUUAUUUUUGGAAUUUAUUUCCAAACAGCAGAUGAUAAAUACUUUUCUUAUGUUAGCAUAACUCUCACAAAUAACUAUUUUCCAACUAACAUUAAUUCAAAGUUUUUUGUUUUGAGUCUUGAGUUUUUUUUUCUGAAAACAUCAAAGAUUCUUUUGAAUUUCUAAAAAAAAUUAUUCAAACAAAAAACAUUGUGAGUAUUGAUCAGAAUAACCUUUAGUUUUCGUACCUGCUGAUUAAAUGAGACAUUUGUUUUUAAGUAGCAGAAAUAAAUAUUUUUCUCACGCUUUCGUACCGGAAACUCACUACGUUUUUUUCACGAAGAUCAGAGCCUGUCUCAAAGUUGUGUGUGAAACUUUUUUUGUUUACCGGAAAAAAUAAAUCAAAAUUAUCGAAUAAUAAUUUUUUCAGUCACCUCGCCGACUUCAAUGAAUAAUAGUUCAAAUUCAAUCGAUUUAUGCCCUGAAAGUUAUCGAACUUCGGUUAAUUUAUUAUCGAUUAUUAUUACGAUUCCAACUAUUUUUGAAUUUCUGAUUUUAUUUUUAUUAUUGUUAAGGUACUCGAAAUCGUUUCACCCAUUUUUCACGUAAGUUAUUUAUUUUUUUUGAUAACUGUGAGAACUUUUCGUUUCAAAAAUAUUUUUCAAGAAAAUACGAGUAAUCAGAAAUGUUUUGAACCGAAAAUUCUGAGAACUUUUUGUUCUUGAAAAGAGUUAAAUUUGGUUUUUGGCUUUAUGCAAAUUUCGAUUUUUAAUUUUAAAAAAGGACUUUUUUUUUUGGUUUUCGGAUCAUAUUGAAAAAAUAAAAAUCAAAAACAAAAAUAAAUUAUAUGACCCCUAAAUUAUACGUUCCAGGAUUUUUAUAAUGUUUGAAAAUUGUUCAUCAAAAAUUAUCGAUCUAUGUUUCCGAUCGUAAAUACUGAAAAACAAUACUAACAAAAUUCCAAACAUGAUUUUGAAAGGUUUAUCCAAAAAACCUCUCAAUUUUUCCAGAAUCUCAUUCUUACUUUUGAUAUUUUCUUAUACACUUUGCAAUAGUUUUGUUCUCAUCAAAUCAAUUGUCGAUAGUUUUGAUGAAACUUCUCAAAUCAUCAAAUUCAUUGAUGAUAUUUACACAUGGGUUUAUAUGUAUAUUCAACCUUGCGGUAAGUCUUUUUAAGAAAAUAUUUUUGAUUCUGAAUCUAGUAAUAAAAUUCCAGUUGUUAUUGGGUUACUCGAAAGAUUAUGUUCAACUUAUUUUGUCAAGUCAUAUGAGCAUUCAAGGCUCUGGCCGAUUUUCAUUCUUGCUCAGAUUAUAGCGGUAAGUUUUCAUCCAAGAAAAGAAACUAUUUAUGUAUUUCAAAAAAAAAAAGCAUUUUUCAGGGUAUAAUUGUUUGGUGGGAAGUUUCAUUAGAAUAUACAAAUCUGAUAAAAUAUAGUCAAUUAGGAUUAUCGACUUUUAUAUGUUUGGUGAGUUAAAAAAUUGCAUUUGUAAGAAAAAUUAUACGAUAUUUCAGUGUUUGAUAGUACUGUUUUUCGUGAAUCGGAAAUUGACAUUGGAUUCUAGGCAUAAAUCAAAACUUACUGUUAGGUAUCAGUUGACAGAGAAUGUAAAGGCUUUGAGGUAAGAGGGAGGGGAUUUUUAUUAUGGGAAUGUGAAAAAACAUCUGAUUUUUCAAAUCGUCACCAUUCGAAAAUGGCCACAUUUGCUCUUCACCAUUUCAAACAUGUUUCCAAUAUUAUUCAUAUUUUUGGAGCUCUCUAUCUUCUACAGCCUCUCUGAAACUCAUCUCAUCGUAUCCAUUUUUGAUCCAAAUUUUUCCACCACUUUUAACACCUUUUUUUCACUUUCAAAAGUUUCCCAAAAACCUCACUUUUUCCACAUUUCAAACUAUUAAUUCCUUCAUGGAAUCUAUGCCACAAAAAAGAGAAGUUUACGGGCUUUCCAAAAAUAUAAAAUUCACCAAAAUCGCCCAAACCAAUCUCGCGCAAUCCUCAGAAAACCAAAAUUUCAGUGCUAAUUUCGCCGCUUUUCGCUACUUUUUUGUUGCAUUUUGUUGGAACACUGCUGGCAGACUGCCAGAACGCAAAAAAAUCGAACAAAUGUAGCGAACACAGCGUUCUCUUUUUCUUUUUCCCGUUUUCUUCUUUUUCUUUGUGUGUUCGAAAAGUGGUGAAGCAGGCAUGCAGACAAAAAUCAUUGGCUGAAAAAAAAAGAGAACGAAAGAGAUAGACUAACUGACUGACUGAAAUGAUAUGGAUGAAAAAAAAGAGGAAAAGUCAUUUAAGGAAGAGGAAACAACAAAAAUUAUUGGAAAAAAUGAAGCUUUGUAUUUGCAAAAAAAAUUAAUUUCAGGAUAUUUGUGCCAUUUGUGGUAAUUGACAAUUGUUUAUCAGUUAUGUUUGUCAUUUCAUUACAUUUUUUCAAUGUUGAUUUCAACUUUGAUUCGGAAAUUUGUAGAACUACAGCGGGUUAUACAUUUUGGUUCAUGUUUUUUAGAGUGGUUGGUUUUUUAGGAGUGGGCAAGGAUUUGGGGAAUACGGGAAAAUAGACAUUUAGAAUUCAGAAAAUGAAAUUCGAAAUUUAAAACAAUUCUGAACAGAAAAUCGGAUAGCUUUUUCAAUUUUCAAGAAAUCCAAAUUUUUCCCAGAUUCUCUUGGUCGUCCAAAUUGCUAUGCCAAUAAUCGUCAUCAAAUCCCACCAUUCAAUUUGGACCAAAAUCGAAAAGAAGAUCCGAAAAACUCGACAAAACGAAAUCUCAUCCGAUAGUCAAAAGCAUAAGAAAAAUGUUCUUAAAGUCCUAAACGACUUCAGUUUUUUAUAAAUAAUCCUCAAAUUUUCAGCUGAAAAACUCAUUGGGUAUGGAUAUUACUGGAACACAUGAAGAUCAUUUCGAGCAGUUGCGAAAUCAGUGGCUUAAGAAAUUUUGAAUAUUGUUUUAUAUGUAUUAAUUGAAAAAAAUAGUUAUUGAUUUGUUAUUGCAUAAAUUUUCGAUUUGAACAUCCAGGUGAUUAUUGAGAAUGAGAAAAAUAAGGAGAAGAAAAAACAUCUGUAAUUUCAAGUAACUAGAUUUUUGACGAGAUUAUGUAAUUAGCGGUGAUUUUAUUUUUCUCUUAUUUUUGGCUUCGAAAAAAAAACAUAUUUGUAGAAUUUUUAUUACUUUAUUUUCGAAUGGCGUGAUCUAAACCUUUCCACCCCCCAAAAAACAUUUCAAGAUUUUUCAGAGACAAAUUUAGUUUUGUAAAGUUUCUCAUAACAUUUAAACUCGUAAUUAUAGAUGUCUUGCGGUUCAACACAAACUUUCAAAAUUUCAGGUUUUCAGUUUCGAAUGGCUCCAAAAACUUUUCAAGAAAUUUUUGAACGAAAACUGUUCGACUUCCGAUCUUCAAUUAAUCGCAAGAAUCACAUUUUUCAUUCUAAUUCCUCAAGUUUUUCUGCUAACUCUCUCAAUCUAUCACUUUUUUCCAAGAAGACAUAAUUAUCAUCCAAUAUUUUCCACAUUUUUCCUGGCUCUUAUCUCAUUAUACUUGGUGUCAUCAAUCGCAUUAUGUUUUCGAAAUUUGUUGACUGGAAUUUGGAAUUGGUCGGAAAAUGCGAAAAUUGAUUUUGUUGUGACGUACAUCGAAAAGAUUUAUAUUAUUUUUAAUUAUUUUAUACAACCGUGCAGUGAGUUUUCUUUGAGAUCUCUGAAUUGAAAAUUAUUUUGCAAAAUGCGUCAGAAAAAAACAUGAAUCUAAAUUUGAGAUGAAGAUAAGAAGAAGAUGAGUCUUUGAACUAUUAAUAAUGGGUGUGGGUUUUGUGAAAAUGUGUACUUUAGUCGAAAAUUGUUGAAAUAAAAUGAUAUCAUGGGUUCUGCACAGAUGUUUUGAAAGUUUCAUAUGACAAUUAGAAUUACCUGAAAAAAUUACGAAAAGGCAAACUUUAACAAUAAAAUGUUUUUAGUUGCGAUUGGUGUCAUUGAACGAAUAAUUGCAACAAUUCUCUACACAAAAUACGAAAAACUUCGACUUUGGUGGAUUUUUGUGAUACUUUUCCUAGUCUCGGUAACUCUCUACUUUUUCAUAACAAAAUCCCUUGUUAUAUUUACAGUGUGGCCUAGUUUACCUCGAGUUCACAUUACGUCACCGAAUUCUUUCCUCAAUUUCAACCCGUCAUAUUCAAGCAAUUCUAUCGAUUUUUAUUACGAUUUUACUGAUCAGUUUGUUAGUUAUAAAUCGACAGAAAACUCGGAUUUCUACGACUGUUAAAUCGAAUUUAUCGGAGAGAUAUCAAUUGACUGAGAAUGUUAAAGUUUUGAGAAUCUACAUUCCGAUAAUUGCAAUCGAUUCGAUUAUUCAAAUAUUUUUCCUCAUAACUGAUUUAUUUUUUGACGUCUGGCAGGUCCUCAAUCUCAAUUAUUGUUAUGAUGAUAAAUAUUAUUUGAGGAAAAUUUAUUGUUUUCAGAAUUGUAAGUUCUUCGAUCUUCUUUUACACAAGAAUUUUAAUUUUAUUAAAAUAUGUUCCUGCAGAUCGGAUUCCUUAUCUUCUACAGUAUACCAAUAUUAAUUCUACGUCACUUCAGAGGUCCUUUUGAUUUCUGCUGUCUCCGCCGAAAAAUGCGAAAAUCCCCCAAAGAAAAUAGUGUAACACCGUAUACUGAUCGUGUUCAGGUGAGCUUAUGAACUUUCAGAAAAUCAUAUACCUUUUCAUUUUUUUAGGUAAAAAAUGUGUUUGGCGAGAAUUUGACAGCUCAUGAACAUGGGAAAAUUGGGCAAGAUGUGCACUUUCAAAAUCUUUUCAUGCAAUGGAAAUAA